AAUCGCUUCUCCAAACUGAUCAAACGCAUUUGAAAAUACUGUUUUUCCUCGUUCAGACAAGUUAAGUCCUUCUCCUGUUCGGCAAUAACGCAAAUCAGAGAUUAUGUUCAAAUCUUCUUGACGGGACUUCCUUCUCUCGUAGCGAAGUCUGACUUCCUCGAACCUGCAAUAACGGGUCACACGCUGGACGAGAUUUAUCCAAAGAACUCACAAUUUUGUGAGACAUUGGCAUUUUCUUUGUAAAUGGUCGAUAGUUUGCCAUCAGUUUCAGUCUGAACGCUUGUGCUUACAUUUACAAAAACGAGAAACAAAUUGGCGAAACAAUUCGGGAAAAAAUCAAAGAAGGGGUAAUCCACCGUGACGGUAUUUACAUUGUUAACAAAUUAUGGUGGACUUAUCACCGCCCAGAUUUGGUAGAGCCGGCCCUUGACAAGUCCUUGGCCAAUAUGGGGCUUGACUACAUCGACUUGUACCUGAUCCACUGGCCCAUGGGGCUAAAGGAAGAUGGCAGUGAAUAUCCGAUCAGUAAAGACGCGCGCUUAAUAUUCAGCAAUGUUGAUUAGGUGGACACGUGGAAAGCCAUGGAACGGGUGUGUAAAAAAGGAAAGGUGAAGUCGAUCGGUCUCUCCAACUUUAACAGAAAGCAAAUUGAACGUGUGAUCAAAUACGCGAAAAUUCACCCGGUGAUCGAAUGCCACCCGUACUUGACCCAAACCCGAAUGUCGGAAUUUUUGCAAUCGAAGGGAAUAAUUUUAAUGGCGUAUAGUCCACUCGGUUCCAAAGACAGGCCGUGGGCCAAACCCGGCGAUAAAGAACUACUGAACGAUCCCAAAAUGCACAAAGUUGCAGUCAAGUACAACAAAACUGUAGCUCAGAUUUUGCUAAGAUAUCACAUCCAACGCGGACAUGUUGUGAUCCCAAAAUCGGUCAACAAGGUGCGACUUCAGGAAAAUUUCAACAUUUUUGAUUUCGAGUUAUCCGACGAGGACAUGAAAGCCAUUAACACACUGGACUGUAACGUCCGGUUUUGUCCCUACAAAGAAGCAUCUGAACACACCUAUUAUCCGUUCAAACGAAGUGACGAGUAAACAACGUACGAAAUCAUUCAUCACAUUCUGGUAUUGUGGGCGGUAUGGAAAACGGCGGGGGCGGCGGAAAGUUGGGGUAGGCCGGGGGCGGGUAGCUCGGGGGUUCGUUCUUGGGCUGUUCGGCAUCUUCAAACGCGUCCUCGUCCCCUGAUCCAUUCUCCUCCAAUCGCUUCUCCAAGCUGAUCAAACGCAUUUGAAAAUACCGUU